GGACUUUGCGCCACCCACGUUGACCCAAGAGCGCACACACACUUGCACACUCGCACGCACACUCACGCACAUCCAACCAGCAAGCAAGCAAGCAAGCGAGCAGCCAUGGCGGAGAAGAGAAGUGUGACGGAGGAGGAUGUGGAAGAGAUGCUGCUGUGCGCCCGAUACGGCGAGGUGGACGAGAUGAAGGAGCUCAUCGAGCUGGGCGUGCCAGUGGACAGCAAAGACGGCAUGGGCAACACCGCGCUGCACUAUGCUGCGGCGAAUGGCUUGAUGGAUUGCGCGGAAUACUUGGUGAAGAAGAAGUGUCCUUACCUUCCCAACAACAGCGGCAACCUUCCGCUGCACUGGGCCAUCCAAAACAAGGCUGCAGAUGUCGUCCAGCUUCUCAUGAAGUCGUACCCGGAAGUGAACGUGCUGCAAACCAACGAGUUUGGCAAGAGCGCUGUGACGGAAGCGUUCAAUGCGCAGGACCAGCAGAUUCUGAAGUUGGUGCUGGAGCACCCGAGCGCAGCUGCACUCGAGGAGGAGGGCAAGGACGGCAGCAGUGGUAAAGGUGGCAGUGGCAGUGGAGCAAAGAAAGGUACCGCCGCCAGCAAGAAGAAGCCACAGCAAAAGGGGAAGAAGCAGAAGCAGGACGCGUCCAAGAAGAAGGAAGACGAUGCCACAGCCACAGCCAGCACGGCACAACAGGACAAGGCAACAUCAGACGCAUCAGACAGCAAGAGCACCGCCGGCCGCGAUGACACUGCGGAAUCAAGUCAAGUGCUGCAGACACACACGCACGACAUGAGGUUUUCACCAGACGGACCCGAGGUGCACGUGCGCGAAAUUGCAACCGAUUGGUUCGGCAAGGUGUUCGGCGACAUGCCAGAAGAUGACACCACUGGCAUUCAACUGUGGGCUGCGUCGCUCAUCGCUGCUCGGUGGGUGGUUGACGUUGCUGCGCGUCUUGAUGGUGCGCGUGUGCUUGAGCUCGGUGCCGGCUGCGGUCUGCCGGGUCUCGCUGCCCUCGCAUACACUCAUGCAAAGCAGGUUGUCAUCACAGACUACUUUUCCCACACCGUCGACAACAUCAAGCACAACCUCUCCAUCAAUGCUCACAUCCCAACACUGACAGAGCGGGGCCACGUGCACGCGCUGGAUUGGAACAACGAGAACACGUGGCUGCACGAGAGCGAUGGAAACCUGUGCCAGUUUGAUGUGCUGCUUGGGUGCGAUUUGGUUUACGACACGCCUCUUGUUGCGCCAUUGUGCAAUCUUGUUCGCCGCUGCCUGGCACCACAUGGCACUUUCUUUUACGUCUCUGGCGGAAAACGCAAGGGCGCAAAGGAGUUCAUCACAGCGCUGAGAGACUGCGGGCUCGAGUGCAAGAUUGCGCCACUCAAGCCAGAAUACAAAGCAAACCCACUGGUGAGCGGGGACGAACAAGAACUGGAGUUGCACUUCAACGAACUGCACGAGAAUGUGCAGGUGCUGUUUGAGUUCUCUUGGCCGAGCAAGACCGUGACGAACAACGAUGGCGAUGGUGGCGAGGAUGGACGGACGGCCAGUGACGCUGAUGCUGGUGAUGAUGAUGAUGAUGAUGAUGAUGAGAAGGAGGACAAGCGGGAAGAUGUGACCAAGGAUGACAGCACACAAGACAUCGGCAAGGAUAAUGGCGACGCAUGAGAACACACACACACACACAGCGAUACAGCCAUGCGGUGACAUGCUGGCAAUUGCGUUCACCGCCCAUGACCAACUGCCCCCAAAUAAAACUUUCUCGCUUCCAUAUCGCACGUUCGAUUUUUUUUCCUUGCGUGAGUACAACG